AAAAAUACAUGAGUGCUUCUAGCAUUGUUGGUAGUUGGUGUUCAAAAUGGGUAAUAUAUCAUCUCAAUAAUUGAUGUUGGAUCUUUCAUCUCAAAACAACAAUAUUCGGUUGGUCUUUUGGAGGUGGCACUAUGACGUAGCAGCCGAGGCCCGCAUGUGAAUUCCUUCGCUUCGAGAGUCGUAUGUUCACCGACACGACAAACGCUCCAAACCAUCAAAACUGAAGGUAACUCUCUACAAUUGAACAUUGGCUUGUAAACAGAUCUACACCCAAAGAUGCCCAAAGGAUCAGCUGCAAUGACAGGGUUCAUGAGCUACCCCACGCCUAAAGCUCACAACAUCCCCCACCAAACACACGCUGCGCCUCAGAAUCCGGUCGUUAGGGGUACUCUACUCCAUUACCUCUCUUCAGUCGUGUUGUCUGUUCCGUUGCUUCCUUGGGUACUUUGGAAUAAUGCAGGCUUCAAUUCGUUGCGUAAGACGCGAGAGCUGGACAACAUGGAGUCACGCUUUGAUCCCACCGUGAUCCUGCUUCCGAGGGAUGGUGAAGUUCCUAUUAAUUACAAUGCUGUCGAUAUAGAUCAGCUGCGUGCUCUCCGAGCUGGCGCACAAGGUCGUUUCUAUUCAAUCGUGGACUUUCAUCGUGCAUAUAGCAGCGGCCAAACCACACCGAGUGAUGUAGUGGAAGCACUGCUCCCCUUAAUCCGCCGGGACAUUGAAAGUCGAUCUCCACACUCCACGGCCUUUGUAGAUACUAAAGUGGACCUUGUGCGACGCUCUGCAGAGGCAUCGACCAAACGAUGGAAGGACGGGAAGCAAUUGGGAGUGUUGGAUGGCAUACCGUUCGCCCUCAAGGAUGAAAUGGAUGCGAAGGGUUACAAACGCUUUUGUGGUACCACCAAGGAUAUGACGAAGGGAAAAGAGGUGGAAACAAGUUGGUGUGCGAGGAAGCUCGAGGAAGCUGGAGCUGUGCUUAUUGGUAAAGUGAACAUGCACGAACUGGGAAUGGAUACAACGAACAACAACCCAAAUUGGGGCACGCCAUUGAACCCUUACAAUAGCAAGUACUAUACUGGCGGAUCUUCUGGAGGCUCUGCAUAUGUGGUUGGGUCAGGUAUCGUUCCGUUUGCUGUAGGAUCCGAUGGAGGAGGGUCGGUCCGCAUACCUAGCAAUUAUUGCGGCGUCUACGGCCUCAAGCCUUCACAUGGGCGGGUCUCUAUUGCUCCCACCAUCUCACCUGCGAAUUCGACCGUUGUUCAAGGACCUCUUGCAGCCAACAUGGUGGACCUCCAAAUAGCAUACCAAGUCCUUGCCCAACCAGACCCAUCACAUAUCUCUUCUAGACAAUUUGCUCCCCCAGCAUCAGGUCAGGUGCCUCGCACGAAACUCAUUGGCAUUCCACGAGAAUGGUUCGACCGCGCCGAUCCAGUCGUCCAAGAAGCCUGCCUCUCCGCAAUCCAAUACUUCCAAUCCGAGCUAGGCUACGAAGUCAUCGACGUCUCCAUACCGCUCACCCACGAGGGCCAACUCGCCCACGCCAUGACCAUCCUCGCCGAAUGCGCGGCCGCAGAACCCGACCUCUCGUACCUCACGGCGCCGAACAAGAUCCUGCUCAAGGUCGCCCAACAGACCUCCGCCACGGAUCUGCUCCUCGCGCAGAAGCUCCGCCAUCUCCUCAUGCAGCACCUCGCGGACUUGUACAAGCGAUAUCCCGGCAUUAUCAUCGUAACCCCGACGACCCCGAAUCCUGGAUGGCCCAUCGGAGACGGUGACCUGCAGUACGGUGUCAGCAAUGGAAACAUGCAGGUCAGGAACAUGGAGUAUGUUUGGCUGGCGAACUUCACGGGCGUGCCUUGCAUUCAGUUUCCAGUGGGAUAUGCGGAACCAGUUCAAGGGGAAGGACGGAUUCCGAUGGGAUUGAGUGGGCAUGGGGAAUGGGGUAGUGAGGAUGCGCUGAUUGAGUUUGGGUUUGACGGUGAGGCGUGGUUGAAUAAGGGGUAUCAAGGUGGAAGACAGAUGCCCAAGAAAUGGGUAGAUGUUUUGGCAAAAGCGGCAGUUUGAUCGUGAGGCGAAUGUGGUGUAACCUAUACGAAUUGCAAAUUCAUGGUGCACAUUCUAGG